UGUUGCGAUGAGAUGUGAAGGCGAUGUGCGUGUCUCUGCUCUCUGUCAAAAGUGGCAGCCGCGUCUAAUGACGUCUCAUUUCUUCCAUGCGCCACACAACCUGUCAUUCUGUAAUGGCUGUACUAAGAAGUCGACGGAGAAAAGCAUGAGGCGAUAUUUUGACACUCGCACCUUGCAUGAUAUAUCUGGUCGGUAAUUUGGUCAGCGUCGACUUACAGUCUUUAAAGGUAACAAACUAGAUAUCUCUCUGUAGACUGGACGUCGUCGACCACGUUAUGGAAGUAAUGUGCCAUACAUAAUAAGUCUACGUGUGCACGUGUGUUUUUGGUGCGCAAAACUUGUGCCUUUUCUAUUUUAGUUAAACUUAUUUUCGAGUUGUGGGCUGUAACGUGGAAGAUGCUGUGGCUGGUGGACUUCUGACCAGUUUUAGCUACGUGACAUCGUUUUUUCUCCCUCCCUGCCCGUAAGCACGGCUCUUAGAUCGCCCUGGAAACGAAUCCUUGCAGUGGCUGUGACAGGUCGCUGUGGCGCCUCUUUGUCAACAAAUGCUGCUUUAAUUAGCCAUUUUACAUCUACAUUUGCUCUAAUUGUAUUUGCACCAUGCAAAACAGUUUCAGUUACGUAUUCAUGGUCGGUUAUAUGUAAAACCAAAAGAAAGAAGUCAACGUGUUUGUCGCAGUUGGAAAGGAGUUCGUGUUGGGAAAGUCAUUACUCUCAGCGACAAAAUGCCUGUUAGACGAGGUCAUGUCGCUCUCCAGAACACCUACCUGGACACUAUCAUCCGCAAGUUUGACGGUCAAAACCGCAAGUUCCUCAUUGCCAACGCCCAGAUGCAGAACUGCGGCAUCAUCUUCUGCAACGAGGGCUUCUGCCAGAUGUUCGGCUUCUCGCGGGCGGAGAUCAUGCAGCAGCCGUGCACCUGUCCCUUCCUGGUGGGGCCGGGCACCAUGAAGAGCUCCCUGGGCCAGCUGGCACAGGCGCUACUGGGCUCUGAGGAGCACAAGGUGGAGAUCCUCUACUACGCCAAGGAAGGUGCAUGUAGGCCGUGUCUGAUAGAUGUGGUUCCAGUAAAAAACGAGGAGGGCGUGGUCAUCAUGUUCAUCCUGAACUUCCAGGAGAUGCUGGACUCCGCCCACAAGAAGAAGGGAGGGCUGAGACAGAGGAUGACUCAGGGAUGGAUACGCACAGCCCAGACGCGCCGCAUGAGGCUAAGGUUCCCUUCUCUGCGCUCAAUCCGAAGAGCGUCUCUCUCCAAAGAUCAGUUUGAAGGAGUAGUGGUGGAUUACCUGCAGCCUUCCAGUGAGCAGCUUCCUCUGAAGGAGUUCCGCAUCCCCUCUAAGGAGAGCUGCCUGCAGUCAGAGACCCAGGCGCUGAUCCAGGAGGACCCCCCGCCGCUGGCCCACUCUUCCACACACUCCUCGCUGUCGCACAUCACCCCGCAUCAGCACCAGCACCUGGAUCCCAACGGCCCGCUGGGCCCACGCAGCCAAUCACACGAGAGCCUGCACAGCCUCCGUCGCGCCUCCUCGCUCGACGACAUCGACAGCGUGCGGGCUGACUGGACUGGCAGGGCAGGAGACCCACGCACCUGCAGCAACCUGAAGCCGAGCUUGAUAAACUCCACGUCAGACUCGGACCUCAUGCGCCUCCGCGCCCUCAGUCGCAUCCCGCAGGUGACACUCUCAUUCCCCACCGAGCGCCUGCGCCCCCCCUCCCCCACUGAGAUCGAGAUCAUCGCCCCCAGCAAGGUCAAGGAACGCACGCAGAACGUCAGUGAGAAGGUCACACACGUCACACAGGUCCUGUCUCUGGGGGCGGACGUGCUUCCUGAGUACAAGCUGCAGGCGCCGCGCAUCCACAAGUGGACCAUCCUGCACUACAGCCCCUUCAAGGCGGUGUGGGACUGGCUCAUCCUGCUGCUGGUGCUCUACACAGCUGUCUUCACACCCUACUCGGCCGCCUUCCUGCUCAACGAGCAGGAGGAGAAGCGCCGGCGCACCUGCGGCUACACCUGCAACCCGCUCAACGUGGUGGACCUGGUGGUGGACGUCAUGUUCGUGGUGGACAUCAUCAUCAACUUCCGCACCACCUACGUCAACCGCAACGACGAGGUGGUGAGCCAGCCGGCACGCAUCGCCCGCCACUACCUCAAGGGCUGGUUCCUCAUCGACAUCGUGGCCGCCAUGCCCUUUGACCUGCUCAUCUUCCGCUCCAGUCCAGAUGAGCCUCAGACCACCACCCUGAUCGGCCUGCUGAAGACGGCCCGGUUGCUGCGGCUGGUGCGCGUGGCCCGUAAGCUUGACCGCUACUCGGAGUACGGUGCCGCCGUGCUCUUCCUGCUCAUGUGCACGUUCGCACUCAUCGCCCACUGGCUGGCCUGCAUCUGGUACGCCAUCGGCAACGUGGAGCGCACCAGCUCGGCGCGCAUGGGCACCAUGAAGAUCGGCUGGCUGGACUCGCUGGCUGAGCAGAUCGGCAAGGACUACAACGACAGCGACGCCUUGUCGGGGCCGUCCAUCAAGGACAAGUACGUGACGGCACUCUACUUCACCUUCAGCAGCCUGACCAGCGUGGGCUUCGGCAACGUCUCGCCCAACACCAACCCCGAGAAGAUCUUCUCCAUCUGCGUCAUGCUCAUUGGAUCUCUGAUGUACGCCAGCAUCUUUGGGAACGUGUCGGCGAUCAUCCAGCGGCUGUACUCGGGCACGGCACGCUACCACACCCAGAUGCUGCGGGUCAAAGAGUUCAUCCGCUUCCACCAGAUCCCCAGCGGCCUCCGACAGAGGCUGGAGGAGUACUUCCAGCACGCCUGGUCCUACACCAACGGCAUCGAUAUGAAUGCAGUGUUGAAGGGCUUCCCGGAGUGUCUACAAGCGGACAUUUGCCUGCACCUGAACCGCUCGCUGCUACAGAACUGUAAGGCCUUCCGCGGUGCCAGCAAGGGCUGCCUACGUGCGUUGGCCAUGCGCUUCAAGACCACACACGCACCACCUGGCGACACGCUGGUCCACAACGGCGAUGUCCUCAGCGCCCUCUACUUCAUCUCGCGUGGCUCCAUCGAGAUCCUGCGCGAUGAUAUGGUGGUGGCCAUCUUAGGUAAGAAUGACAUCUUUGGGGAGCCCAUCAGUCUGUACGGGCGGCCAGGGAAGUCCAACGCGGACGUGCGCGCACUGACCUACUGCGACCUGCACAAGAUCCUGCGUGAUGACCUACUGGAGGUGCUGGACAUGUACCCCGACUUCUCUGACACCUUCUGGACCAACCUAGAGAUCACCUUCAACCUCAGAGAUGUAGACAGAAUCAUGCAGCCAACCCCCAGCGAGGAGUCCGACUGUGGCUACCACCGACCCAGACGCCGGAGAAACUCUCUGCACCGACGCAAUCGACCUGAUGGAAUGGACAGGGACGACGCAUACCCUGACCAGUCCUGUGCGGCGGUAGGGAACCACCGGGGGGCGCUGUCGCGUUCCCACUGGGACGAGCUGGGCAGCAGUGGCAGCGCGGCGUCGCUCUCCAGCGAGGAGGACGUGAAGGUGCUGGGCGCCGGCCGCGCUGAGCUAUACCCCACCCCCGCUGGCAACGCCGAGGCCCGCGACUACCAGCCCGCCGUUGUCAACCUGCUGCCCCCCAACAGCACCGCCCAGAGCAUGGCGCCCCCUCUGAACGUGUCGGGGCUGUACAACUACUGGCCGGACCGGCGGCCCAGUCAGUUCUCGGAGAGCCAGCAGCGGCGCUCGUCCUCGGUGAGAGCGGCCUACGGCCCGCAUGUCUGCCCCGAGGAGAGGCCCAGCGAGCUGCAGGCCCGACUCGAGCUGCUGCAGUCCCAGCUCAACAGGCUGGAGACGCGGAUGACGGCAGACAUCAACGUGAUCCUGCAGCUGCUCCAGAGGCAGAUGGCGCCCGUGCCGCCGGCCUACAGCGUCGUGUCAGCGCCGCCCCCCUCCAACCUCUACACCCCCAGCGGCGCACAGGUGCUGCACACCGUCAACCCCCCCGUCCCCCCACCCAUCCAGAUCAACGACCUGGUCAAGAGCCCUGAGUUAGAAAACUUCCAGCACAGGUCAUCAGACUCACUGUCCAGUGGCAUCCACCUGACUGUGGCCUCCGACGACACCAUGUCCAUGUCUCCGGAGAUGGAGAAGCAGCCCGGUCUCCCUGUGUCCUCGGCCCAGCCACUGGACCAGGUCAGGCCCCAGCCCACAGCCCAGCCUCAGGGCAAGGGCCAAGGUGCGGAGGACCCCUCCCAGUCCCCCCAGCUCUCUGGACUGCUGUGCGGCAGCCUGCGCUUCCCCUCCCUCCCCGACAGCCUGGAGGCUCCCAGCAGCCCCACCGAGAUCCAGCGGCACGUGUCCGACCCUGUCCUGCCCGCCAGCUAGAAGCCCCCCCCCACACACACACACACACACCACACACACACACACACACACCACACACACACACACAAACACACCUCGCCUCUAAACCCCCCUCUGUCACACCAGCACUUCAUCCUCUGCAGUCGUCCCCUCCAAGCUCAGCGCCACCUACAGGCUGCCCAGACACAGGGCACCUUGGUGCUUGUUUUUCUCAGUCCCCAUUUCGGUCUCCCUGCUUCACUCCAACAGAGACUGCGUCCAUACUCCAUACUCCAACUAUUGACGGACAGAAAACACCAAAGCUAGUGGAUGAGAGAAAGAGAAAGAGAGAAAGAGAGAGAGAGAGAAAGACCGAGCAGAAGAGAAAAAGACAUAGACAAACAUACACAUACUUUUGUGCUUUUAAAUCCAUAUAAAUAUAUAUUUGAAACUUCAAAUGCCAGGCAUGUUCUGCUGUCCAGUUGGGAGGUUCACACAGGAUAAUGUUUCAAAAUGAUCCUCUUGAGUAUACUCCCCACUUUUUGAAGAAUUCAAUACUGAUAAUGUUACAACACCAAGUAAUAGCUUUCACUGAGAAUUCAUUUGAUUCAUUGUCUUUUUCAAAAUAUGUUUGCUAUCGGUAAAAAUGUUUCUUAUGACGUAUCCGUAAUUACCGUUAUUACAGUUUGCAGUAGUAGUAAUUGUAAUGGGUCAACCAAAUGAAGUGAGACUCUACCAGCUGCCACACUGCCAAAGGCCAGCACAAAUGCAUGUGCACAUAUACACAUAGAAGCAUAUACUCUGAUCAGGGACUUUUGAGAUUUCUUGAAGUUUCUUUUCUUGAAACCAAUCUAAUGUUUUUAUACUAUCUAUUUAUGGGAAAUAGUGGGUAUCUCAAAUCAAGCGGACCCUCACUUUGAAUAGAGAUUCUGAAGAAUGUAGCACUUUUCUCUAGUUUGUGCCAGUAGUGUUUUUGCUCAGGCUCUCUGGAUGUUGUUGUCAUUUAGCAUGGAGCAUGGCAGCUUUUUGGUGAAAUGAAAGCUAAAAUAACUCCAUGGUCAUGUUAUUUCUACUGUAAUAUUUCACACAAGAGCAGACACAUUGGCUGUCCUGUAUGAAGUUUGAUGGGCGGAAGCCUGUUUGGUGAACAUGCGUUGCAUGUAACAUGUCCAGUGUAUGUUGUAUGUAACAUGUCCAGAGUUUGAGCUGAUAACUGAUGAUAAUUGACUACGUUGUGUCUUUCUGGUUGUCACCGUUGGACAACAGUAAAUUGCUUACUGUCCAUACUUCAGAGACCUAACGGGAUAGUGGGACUGGUUUAUCUCAAACUAACCACAGUCGUAACCAGAGGAAAAGCCAUAAUAGAUAAUAAUAUAAUAUAUUUCAGGUGCUGUUUUUUGAGUCCUGAGAGACAGUUCAUUGACAGUCUCAUCUCUACUAGAAUGUGGUAACCACUGUAUCACACACACACCUGACCAGGGCAAAGUUCAUAUACACGGUUCACAAGGACUACAGGUCAAGGCCCUUUGCCGUUAUUCAGUAUUUGUGGUUGAAGGACAAGUCACUGUCUGGCAUGUCAUUUUCUAUUGCACUCUUGCUCCACUGUCCCCUGACCAUGUUGAGAUUUGGAGGACCUGAUUUUUGUAACAAACUGCCUGGAACGUUAGACAUGGAUCAUGGUGUGUGUUGUACCUGUGUAUCAUGCUUAGAUAAUGGAACUCUGUGAAUGGUGUGGCAUUGACAGAAAUGCCCUUGUAAAUGACAUUCAUAAUGUGUGUAUUUGAAUGUGUGUGUGUGUAUAUAUAUAUAUAUAUUUAUAUAUUUGUGUUACAUAAUCCACACUCAUGGUGAGUUGGUUGUUUACUCACAUGGAUUGUUUCACGUUUUUGUUUUUUUAAGUGUAUGCCCGAUAAACAAAUGUGUGAGAUGACUCACGUGACAGAUGCUGCACCCAUAGUGGGUGGAUACUUGUUCUGGAGCUGGCAAGACUUGACAGUAGUGGUGGACAGUGGCUGCCAAUCACUUUGGAAGUGUUAGAUGGACAUCAUGGACAGUCCAGGAGCUGGUGAAUGUAUCCAAGGUUCUAACUUUUACUUGUACGUAAAGGUUUCCUAAAGCACACAAUCAUUACCGUUUCCUUUUUUAGAUUGAAGAUUGAUUUAUAACACAAAGUAGUAAAUAGAUGUAAAUACAGAUAUCUGAAAGCU